AUCAGUGAGGAAGUUGGCAGCAACGAGGGAUGAAAAAAGACGGGUAGAGAGAAAAAGAGAGAGAGAGAGAGAAUGAGAGGGAUGGUCCGGCGCCGGCUGCGGGCUGUUUUUUCCCCCUUCCUUUUUUUCUCCAGUUGGCUUCUAUUCAAAUUUGGGUCAGGGGUGAGAUCUCGACGUCACAAGCUUGCAAGAUGGCGCUGGGAAGGCUGUGAGAUGAGAGGGUGGUAAACCGAGAAAGCGCUUACAGAUGUAUUAAGGUGGCACAGGUGUGAGAAGAGGUGGAAAUGGAACUGCCAAAUCAUGCCAAACAAUUGCUGCUGCAGCUAAAUCAGCAAAGAGCCAAAGGGUUUCUCUGUGAUGUCAUCAUAGUGGUAGAAAAUGCACUUUUUCGAGCCCACAAAAAUAUCCUGGCAGCCAGCAGUAUCUACUUCAAAUCCCUGGUUCUUCAUGAUAAUUUAAUCAACUUGGACACUGACAUGGUAAACCCAUCCGUUUUUCGGCAGAUUUUGGACUUUAUUUACACUGGCAAGCUCUUAUCAGCAGACCAGGCAAGUGAACAGAACUUCAAUGCCCUUCUUACGGCAGCUAGCUACCUCCAACUCCAUGAUCUGGCUGCUCUCUGCAGAAAAAAAAUAAAGCGCAAUGGCAAACCCUUGCCAACCAAACAUAACACCCAACAUCCUGGGAGACCUCAUCGAAACCAGAGACUAUCCUCGACACCUGUCAUCCAAAAUCGAUAUUCAGGGUCAAAAGACAUUGAGAAGAAGCAGAUUACUGAAGAGCUUUUCAAAGACAGACUCUCUGAUGAUGAGGUCUAUGUCACUGGUUCUAACCAAGAAGGCUUGAGCUCCCUGCAUGGAGUAACCAGUAAGCAUGGAAGCAAUGGUAACAUCAGUAGUGUUGGAGAUCAAGGACUUGGCCUUGACUUGUCAAAAAAGAGUCCAUCUGUCUCUGUAACCCAUGAAGAGGUCAGUCCCAAUGAAAACCAACAGGAAUCCCCCCAAUCUGCCUCAGCAUCCUCAGCCAACAGUGCCUCUUUUGAAGACUCCACUGCUAACCCUCAAAGUGUAGAAGGUGGAGACUCCAUGGAAAUAGAUGGGGGAGAUGAGAACCAGUCUUUACCUGACACAGGACAGCGUAAAAGCUUGCAUCACUUAGCCAUGAAGAAAGAAUGGCCAAAGAAGGAAAAUGCAUAUGAGAACAGCAAAGGUGAUGAGGAGGGUACCAUCCCAAAUGGUGUGAUUGUUGGCCCCAAGCUGACUGAUAAAUCCAACUGUGGCUAUAGCUCUGAGCAUUCCUUUCAGUGCAAGGAAGAUGAUGUGGAGAAUGGAAAGGACAUUAGUGAUGAGAGUGGACAUAGCGAGUCUGAAAGUGGGCACACAAGUGCCAAUUAUGUGUACCGGCAGGAGGGAUUUGAGCCUGUUGCUUAUGGUGACAACCUUUAUGUUUGUAUCCCAUGUGGUAAAGGCUUUCCCAGUUCGGAGCAGCUUAAUGCACAUGUUGAAACUCACACGGAGGAAGAGCUUUACAUCAAGGAAGAAGAUUCCUAUAUCAAAGACGAAGCUGAAGACCUUUCCACCCAAAACCCAUCAUUUGGUAAUGAGCCCAGACCGUUCAAAUGUUCGGUGUGUGAAAAGAGCUACAAAGAUCCGGCCACGCUGCGUCAGCACGAAAAAACCCACUGGUUGACACGACCCUUCCCCUGCAACAUCUGUGGUAAAAUGUUCACCCAGCGUGGCACCAUGACACGGCACAUGAGAAGCCAUCUGGGCUUGAAACCUUUUGCCUGCGAAGAGUGUGGCAUGCGCUUCACCAGGCAGUACCGACUGACCGAGCACAUGCGAGUUCACUCAGGUGAAAAACCAUAUGAAUGUCAACUUUGUGGUGGGAAAUUCACCCAGCAGCGCAACUUGAUCAGUCAUCUACGGAUGCAUACCUCUCCAUCAUAAGCCAAAGACUUUAAAAGCGAUUUAUUUUCUUCUUCUCCCUUCUUUCUUUUCCCUCCCUUUUCUAAGACUUUUCUCUCUAACAUCUGCAGUGGGCAAAAAAAAAAAACCAAACCCUUCCUCUGUAGAUGUUUGUGAAGGUCAUGUUGCUUGACAAAGAACUUUAGGUAUGCUUAAAUGACUCCUGAUCCAUGUUUUAGUACAUGCUGUGAAAGCUAUAUAGGUUCUGAAAUUGCAUCACGGCCACUUUGGAUGUACAAUUUUGGUCAUAACUCCUCCCCCAAUUCAGUAUCGCCAAUCAGUCACAAUUCUUCAGCGGUUCGUGUCUCCAAUGUUGUUGUGGUUGUUGGCUGUUCAACAUGAAGGCCAUCUCUGUAACCCCUUGGAAAACUGUUAAUCAUACCCAUCCACCAUUCCGUGUCUUGGCAUGAGAGGUGUGAUUUACUUACUGGUCUAGGGUCAACUUAAUAGCAGAAGAUGGAUAUGAAUUAUGUUAAGGCCACAAAACCAAAGCCAGUCACUUUAUUUAUUUAUUUUUUUUUUGUUUAACUUGAAAUUGUAUAAAGAGUUAAUUUGGUCCAGAUAUUGCAGCUAAGAAAAUGCAUAUCCCCCAUUUAUUGUGUAGUGCAAUGAAUUCCCCUACACUUUAUGAAAGACAACAUGUCACAUCAAGACUCUCAUGUCCGAGCACUGCUCAGGGGUGGCAGGGAUGGCUUUUCAUGAGUGGGCAGAAUUUUUGUUCUUUUUUACACUUUUUUCAGUGGCUGAGGGGGAGGAAUAAUUCUUUAAUCUUGAGGUACUUUGUUUAUUAAAGGAAAGUUGUAAUGUUUAUUUGAAUGUUUAAACUGGAAGGUUUGGGGAUAUCCUUGGUUAGGGGUUGUUUGACACAGGCUGAACUUGUUCCAAUUUCUGUAGGUACUCUUUGGUGUACUUGGUGUUCCUCCCCUCACUUAAUAUCAAGCCGUGUUGUGAAUAUGGGCUUGAAACCUUGCUACCUCUUAACAGUACUUAAGAACAAUAAACCAUGACUGGUGGACAUCUUUG